AUGAGGGAAAUACAUAUAUUCUCGGACGCUUCUGAGAAAGCGAUCUCAGCAGUGGUGUACCUGCGUACAAUCAGCAACUCUGGUGAUGUCCACGUUGGAUUCGUCAUUGGGAAAUCUAAGAUAGCCCCACUUCAGACUACAACUAUCCCGCGUCUUGAACUUUGUGCAGCAGUCUUGGGCACAGAGUUGGCUCAGACAGUGUUCAAACACUUGGAUAUCGACCCAGAUGCAGCGACGUACUACACAGAUAGUAAGGUAGUACUAGGUUACCUGAACAACCAAACUCGCAGAUUUUAUAACUAUGUCUCGAACCGAGUGGCUGUCAUCCACAGACGCUCUAAGCCUUGGUGGAAAUGUGUACCAACUGCGCAGAAUCCAGCAGACAUAGGGACUAGAUGUUUGACAUCGGUAGAAGAGCUAGCAGAGAGUGACUGGCUUAGAGGACCACUUUUACUCAGAUCUCCUUAUAGUAAAGAAGAAGUUCUUACCUUUCCUUUGGUCUCUCCUGAAGAAGACCAUAAUGUACGUCCAGAAGUAAGAGUAAAGAAAACGGAAAUAAACACACCAUUUGUGGCAAGAUUUGAAAACUUUUCAACUUGGAAAAGUUUGGUGCGUGCUGUUUAUAAUCCGAAGAAGAUUUGCCGAUUGAAAAGAGGAGCUGCAGAUUCAGCAGCAUUCGAUGUUGAGGUCAUGCAAGAAGCUGAGUAUUUCAUCCUGCAGGAAGUACAAGCUUUCUUUUAUAAGGAAGAGAUCAGAUCUUUGAAAGACGGUAAACCUGUACCCCCUUCAAGCUGCAUUGUGACUUUGAACCCAUUUAUGGACAAACGGGGCACGGUACGUGUUGGCGGACGUCUCAACCAAUCUAACCUUCCUGUUGAUGAGAAGAACCCAAUAAUCAUCCCUGGAAAAUCUCAUGUUGCAAGAAUUCUUGUGUCCCAUUUCCACAGCAAAGUUUAUCACCAAGGAAGACUUAUCUCAGAAGGUGCAGUGAGGUCCGGUGGGUUCUGGAUCACUGGCUGUAAGACACUUGUGAACUCAGUUAUACACAAGUGCGUUACCUGCAGGAAACUCCGAGGAAAACUGGAACACCAGCGCAUGAGUGACUUACCUGCAGACAGACUGACGCCUGGUCCUCCUUUCUCAGCAGUAGGUGUCGACGUGUUUGGCCCGUGGACUGUAGCCGCGCGCAAGACCAGAGGAGGAUUAUCUCACAACAAAAGAUGGGCGGUACUUUUUACAUGUUUGACUUCAAGGGCCAUUCACAUAGAAGUCAUAGAAGAGAUGAGCUCUUCAUCAUUCAUAAAUGCACUGCGACGUUUUGUGUCUCUACGUGGCCCAGUGAAGGAGAUGCGUUCGGACCGAGGGACCAACUUCUUAGGCGCCCUGGACGCGAUUCAAGCGGAUGCCGUUUAUACAGAGAAACGACCUAUUAGAGAUUACCUUCGCAACAACAGGAUAACAUGGACCUUUAAUCCACCCCAUGCAUCACACAGAGGAGGAUCAUGGGAGAGGAUGAUUGGGAUCUCUCGCAAGAUACUAGACUCCAUGUUGUUGAACCCAAAUGCGAAAAAGUUGUCCCAUGAAGUCUUGUGCACAUUCAUGUGUGAAGUGUGUGCAAUCGUGAACUCCCGUCCUAUUUGUUCACUGUCAUGUGAUCCUGACAGUCCUUAUGUCAUCAGUCCGUCAAUGCUACUUACCCAGAAAAGUUUCGCAGACAUUCCUCCACAGACUUGUGGCGACACAAAGGAAAUCUACAAAGCUCAGUGGAAACAUGUACAACACCUCUCCGAUACCUUUUGGAAGCGUUGGAAGGAUGGGUACUUACAGAAUCUCCAAGCAAGAAGGAAAUGGUGUGAGGAACGUCCUGACGUGAAGGAAGGUGACGUGGUCCUAUUACGUGACAAGGAGUUGCACCGUGGACAGUGGCCGAUGGGUUUGAUUGUGAAGACUUUCGAAAGUGGCAACGAUCAGAAAGUGAGAACAGUUGAAGUUCGGGUGAUCAAAGACGGCAAGGACACAACCUACAUUCGACCAAUAACGGAAUUGGUGCUACUGAUUGACUAA